AUGUGUGGCAUCCUUCUCCAUCAUGCUGGUGAUGACGACUUAUACCAUUUAAAGGAGCAGUUCCUGGAAUUUCCUGAGGGAUCUCUUAGCUCAAAGAGAUGUUCAGAUGGAAGCCCCAUCUUCAACUCAAUCAUACCGUACAUCUCUGCCAGAGGUCCCAAUUAUUCUUCCCUUAGAGUAUCCAAAAAAUAUAAGACAGCGUGGUACUCAUCUGUGUUAUCAUUAAGACAACCUUUUACCUGCCAAAGUAUCGAAAUAGAAGAGAGAUAUGUCUUACAGUUCAAUGGAGAGUUAUAUAACCAUGAGAUUGUGCAUAAUGAUACCCAAUAUAUCGUCGGUUUAUUGAAGGAGUCAGCACCAUCAAUUCCAGCCAUAAUUAAGAAAUUAAAUGGUGAAUUUGCUUACUCUAUUUAUGAUAUACAAAAUGGUACUUUCUAUUUUGGUAGGGACACGGUUGGUAAGAGAAGCUUAAGUUACUUCCUAGAUGAAAAUACCGGUGAAUUUUAUUUGGCAAGUGUUACAGGAUCACAACCCAACUUCAUAGACUGUACUGCUGGAAUUAUAUACCAAUAUUCUACUCGAAGCAAAAAAUUAAAUUCAGAUCUUUCUAUUUCAUCUCCAUAUGAGAUAGCGACUACCAUGGACCAACAACUAACCAAGUUACCAAAUUGUAUUGAUGGAUUGUUUGAACACUUAAACAAAGCCGUGCAUCGUAGAAUUGUUUCAAUUCAUCCAGCGCAUAUAGAAAACUCUCCAAUCUCUAUUCUAUUCUCAGGUGGGUUAGAUUGCUCUGUCAUUGCUGCACUUAUAUGCAAACAAUUAAGUAACAUCAAAAAAGAGAAAAAACCUAUUCUAGAGUUAUUAAAUGUGGGCUUUGAAAAUCCAAGAACUGGAAUGUUACCCAAGGAUGUGCCUGAUAGAAAGUUAGCAUUAUCCAGCAGUGAAAUACUGAAAAAUCUUUACCCAGAUGUCACUAUUAAAUUAGUGAAUAUUGACGUCUCAUACGAGGAAUAUUUAGAAUAUAGACCUAAAGUUAUCGAUUUAAUGUUUCCAAAGCAAACUGAAAUGGAUUUGUCAAUUGCCAUCUCAUUCUUUUUUGCAGCAAAGGGUUCCGGUUAUACAAUAUCUAAAGAUGGCAUUAAAGAAAAAUAUCAAAGGAAGGGUAUUGUCUUGUUCAGUGGCCUUGGUGCAGAUGAAUUAUAUGGAGGUUAUCAUAAAUUUGCUAAUAAAUCACCAGAUGACUUAGCAAUUGAGCUAACUAGACAAAUAAACAACAUCUAUGAUCGUAAUUUGAAUCGUGAUGACAAAGUUAUUGCAAAUAAUGGUGUAGAGGUGCGAUACCCAUUUUUAGAUGAAGAGGUUAUUAAAUUUUCCACUAUGGAAAUCCCUAUUAACUAUAAGGUUAAUAAAAUGAUUCUCAGAAAAAUUGCCUCAGAAAAGCUGAAUCUCGCUACUAUUAGUGAUGAACCUAAAAGAGCUAUCCAAUUUGGUGCUAAGAGUGCUAAGAUGACCAAGGACGGUAAUAAACAUGGAACUGAUAUUCUGACAUCUUGA